AUGCUUCCAGGAGUAAUUGAGGCGACAAAGUCUUCGGCAGAACAGUGGGAACAGCUUUCUGAAUGGAUCUCGAGUAAAUCGACCGUUGUGGCUAGUUAUGGUGGUCAGACCGGUGCUGAAACUCCAAACACCUCUCUUCCAGGGAGCAUUUCACUAGACCACUGGCUUGAGGCCGUCAGAGAGUGUUCGCUCGAUGCGAGACAGAAGGAAGUCUGUCGUAUCGUUCUUGCCCUGUCUAUUUUUCGCCAGAAGAUCUGGAAAUCAGAAAAAAUUACGACAACAGAGCUGGCCGACAUAUGGAACCUCCUCCGCGGCGCGCUUGUCAGCCCUGCGUCGCCCAUUUCCACCGUCUCGCGCAGCGCGCAAGGCUUUCUUGCCAUACCACUGUGCAGCUCUCUCGAAGACGGAAACAUUGCCGAGCUCUGGCGUCUCCACGUCUGGCUCGGGGAUGGCCAGAGAGGCAGUGAAGAUUUUGCCAUUCACGCCCAUCAGUCCUUUGCUGAGAGCUGGAUCUUGGCAGGUAAAGCAACCGACCAUAGCUUUGAGGUCGAGCCCGUCCAGCAUCAUGAGGAGGCCACACAUGCCAGCUUUGCCAUCGGCUGGAGCGACGGGAAAACCAAAGAGGAAGAUGCGGCCCGUGGCAGGAAAUACAAAACACACCAGACUUCGUCUACGGCAGUGAACACCCACGAGUGGGUUUCUGUCAGAGAGAGCGCCUCCGAGGAACACUCCUCUGACGGCAUAUACCAGUACCACAUCCCCUCUGCCGCAUACCACCGAACCGUGGUCGACCCGACUGCCUUUCACUCCACCUUGUUCGUCUUUGACUCUAGCCGGGGAUUCCACAAAGAUGUCGGCGCCCUCGGCCCAAAAGACCAAGAAUCAUACACUCAGUCACGUGAUCCUGCAGGCCGGACGGCAGCUUCUCUCGCACAGAUGGUGAAUGUCGUUCGCGCAUGGGAGAAGGCAAUGGCAGAGGGGCAACGGUAUGCCGCAGACUCGCGCUGGGAGUUUUCUAUGCGUGCAUUUGAGCACGCCCGUGGACUUUUUCACAACUACAAUGAGAUGCCGAAUGCGUCUCGCUAUCAUGGUAUAGCUACAGGAGAGCUCGGUAAGACGAACCGCCGGUUUGGGCGCUAUAAGGUGGCAGAAGCGCUGCUUAGGACAGCGGUCAAAGAGUUGGGAGGGCACAACCGGCCCAGUUUGGAAGAAGCGGAAUACCACGGCGAGAUUGGCGUGGUGUUGCGCCAUGAGGAUCGUCUGGAGGAGGCAGAGUUGUCGUUUGCGAAGCAGUAUCGUAUGGCAGAGCAGCUGGGGGACCAGCCGCAAAUGUGCCGUGCCCUCGGGAACUGGGGCAUGGUUAACUACCAGUACUUCCUGCAGAACAGAGAUCCAGAGCGCAUAAAGGCUGCAGUUGAGCAGCUACUGGCCCGCGUUCAGAUCGCACAGAAGCUUGGUCACAGACUGUGGGAGUCUAUUGGCCUCUCACGUCUCUCGUUAUGCUACACGAUUCAGCUGCAGGAAGCCAUGGCUGCAGACACGGCUUUGCGGGCACUUGGACUUGCUCUGGCAAUGUCGGUGCGAGACCCAGUCGUGGUAGCCCUGUCACGGUUCUUCUAUGGACGUGUACUACAGCAGCUUUAUGCACUUCCGGAUGAGGCCAUGCGGCAGUUUGACCCCCCCGCAGACGAGGCAUGCACACCCGCCAUUGCUCUCUGCAAAGAGCCAUCACAAGAACACCACGGAUAUCUCCAGGAGCUGGUUGAUGCAGGCGUGGACCUCUGCCGUGCCGAUGCUUCCGGAUAUACGGCACUCGACUGGGCCACCUUCAACGACAACGCAGAUAUGAAGCAGACCGUUCUUCGCGGGCUAUAG